CUGAGAAAUUUCGGAAAAAGUGUUGCAGCACUCUUUGUAACUAAUGCUUUAACGCGUAGACUUUUCCAGCUUUUUCGGGAAUAAAACGUGGCGGUGCAUUGGAGCAAGAAUCAAGAUCAUAGCUAUUUCAGAAUCUUGAAAUCGUCCAUCCUCUUGAGAUCAGACAGAAACAAGAGCAUGGAUCUGCCACCGGAAGAGCUUCAAUUCUUGACCAUACCUGGUAUUUUCCAUGAAUCAAUCUCCAUACCCAAAAGAUUUCCAAAAGCUUUCUACCUUAUUACCCUUACAUUAAUAUUUCCUCUUUCUUUUGCAAUCUUGGCUCAUUCGUUGUUCUCUCACCCCAUCAUUACUCAGCUUCAAGAAAACCCAAAUUCAUCUCAUGCCUCUCGAUGGACCAAGCUCAUUGUUUUCCAGUUUUGUUACCUACUUUUCUUGUUUGCUUUCUCUUUGCUUUCAACUGCUGCUGUUGUUUUCACUCUUGCAUCAAUUUACACCUCAAAGCCUGUCUCUUUUUCCUCUACCUUAGCUGCGAUUCCCAGUGUUUUCAAGAGGCUUUUUAUUACCUUUAUAUGUGUUUCUCUAUCUAUGUUGGUGUAUAACACUGUUUUCUUGAUCUUUCUUGUGAUUUUGAUAGUAGCAGUUGAUAUUCAGAAUGUGGUUUUGUUCCUUUUGGCCUUUUUGGUUGUCUUUAUACUCUUCCUUGUGGUGCAUGUUUACAUCAGUGCAUUGUGGCUUUUGUCUAGUGUGGUGUCUGUUCUUGAGCCUGUUUAUGGGAUAGGAGCUAUGAAGAAGAGCUAUGAAUUGUUGAAAGGAAGGACAGGAAUGGCAUUUUUCCUUGUUUUUGUAUAUUUGUCUAUUUGUGGGGUAAUUAAUGGCUUUUUUGGGUCAGUUGUGGUCCAUGGAGGUAAAAAUUAUGAUGUGAUUUCAAGGAUUAUGAUUGGUGGGUUCUUGGUUGGAGUAUUGGUGAUUGUAAAUCUCGUGGGGCUUUUGAUGCAAAGUGUGUUUUACUAUGUUUGCAAGAGUUACCAUCAUCAGGGGAUCGACAAGACUGCUCUGUAUGAUCAUCUUGGUGGAUACCUUGGAGAGUAUGUGCCUUUGAAAAGCAGCGUUCAGAUGGAGAACUUAGAAGGCGGUGCCUUGACUCCAUGAUGAUGCAAAGACAAGUGGCUUUCGACAUAGAGAAAGAGCAUCCAGUGGCAAUCGGGAUCAGUCUAAAGUUCAAAUUUUACUUUGAGAGAUUAAAGUGCACUGGAAUGACAUGAUUGUAGUACAAUUGGAGAUUUUCUUCAGUAGCUACUAGUCCAAUAUUGACAAUUGGAAUUGCAUGAUCAUAUUACAAUUGGAUUUCCUUCAAAAGGUAACUGGAUAUCCAUUUUGUGAAGUAGCUUGAAACAGUUUAGUGUACUUGGUUCCACAGUUCUAAUUGGCUGUGAGCAUGUAAUGGUUCUCUAGUUACAUCAGGUAAUAAUCAAAAUAUAAUUUUGGAAGAUAAACUGCGAUGGAAGUUCUUUCGGCAAGUUCAACAUACACAGUAUGCUACUAUAUAGUGUGGUUGGUCGUGGAGGCAUUGAAGAUCAUGCAGUAUGCAAUAACAAGUCUAAUAUGUCCAUGGAGCACUUAUUUUCUCUCUUGAGAACUUGUUUUUGGUUGGAGAGUGAAAAACAUGCAUUUUUGCUUUUCUAUGAUCUGAUUUGCACGUGGUUACAUUCCACUUUGUUAUUUCUCCUUGAGGAGCUUGCAUGUAAUUAGCCCGACGCAUUUAAUUCAGCUGGAUUGUGGUAACAUGCAUGAGAAAGGAGAUAUAUGCUGAGGUAAGUUUGUAACGGCAAAUAUAACAAAAUUUCAAGUCUGUGGCCACCUUAUGUCCUUUGUUUUGUACACCUUAGUAGCAACUUGCUGCCGAAGACUCUCUUACAUGAGAACGAAAUGAUGUGAGGAAUGUUUCACUGCUACUUCCCUCUGUGAGUGGAGUGAAGAAUUAAAUAUCUUUUUUUUUUUUUUUUGGGUAAAAAAGGUAGUAGCUUUAUUAAGGAAAAAGAUACUAGGGUGUUGCUGUGAAAAAGGAAUCUUGGCAUAUAAGAGUAAGCUAGUUAUAAUAGAUUCAGAAGAGUCCUGUGAUAUCUACACAAAUAAAAUGCUUAAACGACCGGAUUUUGAACCAUCCAUUUGAUGGAUGAUUUGGUAUAUAAUCAAAGUUGGGACAAUGUUGUUGAACAUUAUCCGUUCUGCAGCCAAGGGAGAAGCGAUUAAUCUGUUUGAAAAUUCUGUUUGUGCAAUUUCAAGUUUCAUGAACACAAGUCUUUCUCUCCUAUAUGGCUUCUUCAUGUAUUACCCUCUUGCAUGAUUGAUUCUUAGAAGGCUUUUAUUUGAGGCCAUGAGUGGAAGCUCUCUGCAAUUUGUUAAGGGUUUCUGUCUAAUUUUAUUUUGCCCUGGAUCUUCUGUGGGAUUGUUGCAGUAGAGUUCAUCGGCAAAUGCAUUUGAAUUUCCAGAAAUCGUGCAAAAUCUUGUUGUUCUUAUAUAUUGUCAUAACAGGUCGAGCUAUCCAACAAACCGUGCUAUAUUUCUCUCAUUUGCUCAAUCUGGAGAGAUGAAGAUAGACUAUGGACACUGUUUCCUAGAUGUGGAAGUUGGUUUUCUUGUUCCUUUUUGUGCUAAAAGUUGCAGAAAUUUGUAUGCUUAUUUGAUUGGAUUAGUCAAGAUCAGUUUAAUUUAAUUUGAAUACUCAA